AUGGCUGGGGUAGAAGUAAGUGGUGGGAAUAUUGAGGUAUUUCCAUGGCUGAAAUCUUUGCCAGUAGCUCCAGAGUACCACCCAACCCUAGCUGAGUUCCAAGAUCCGAUUGCUUACAUUUUCAAGAUUGAAAAGGAAGCUUCCAAAUAUGGGAUUUGCAAAAUAAUCCCUCCUGUGCCGGCACCGUAUAAGAAGACUGCCAUUGCGAAUUUAAACAAGUCCCUUUUGGCCCGGUCCAAUGAUUUGAACCCCGCACCGACUUUCACCACUAGGCAACAGCAGAUCGGAUUUUGCCCGAGGAAGCACCGACCGGUGCAGAAACCCGUGUGGCAGAGUGGGGAGAAUUAUACCGUUUCGGAAUUCGAGGCGAAGGCCAAGAGUUUUGAGAAGAGUUAUUUGAAGAAGUAUGGGAAGAAAGGGUUGAAUGCGUUGGAAAUUGAGACCCUUUACUGGAAGGCAACAGUGGAUAAGCCCUUUUCCGUGGAGUACGCAAAUGACAUGCCAGGUUCAGCAUUUGUGGUGAAGAAGGUCGGCGGUGGGAAGGGGAACGAGGGCCCGUUGACGGUGGGGGAGACAGAGUGGAAUAUGAGGGGGGUUUCAAGGGCAAAAAGUUCAUUGUUAAGGUUCAUGAAGGAGGAAAUUCCUGGGGUAACUUCACCCAUGGUGUACAUUGCUAUGAUGUUUAGUUGGUUUGCUUGGCAUGUUGAAGAUCAUGACCUGCAUAGUUUGAAUUAUAUGCACGUUGGUGCUGGAAAGACAUGGUAUGGUGUGCCUAGGGAGGCGGCUGUUGCGUUUGAGGAAGUGAUACGGGUGCAGGGUUAUGGUGGAGAGAUAAAUCCUCUCGUUACUUUUGCUACACUCGGUGAGAAGACCACAGUCAUGUCACCUGAAGUACUUGUUAAUGCUGGUGUUCCAUGCUGCAGGUUGGUGCAAAAUGCUGGAGAAUUUGUCGUCACUUUCCCAAGAGCCUAUCACUCAGGGUUUAGUCAUGGAUUUAAUUGUGGGGAGGCAGCUAAUAUCGCUACUCCUGAAUGGUUGAGGAUUGCGAAAGACGCUGCUAUUCGUAGGGCAUCAAUUAAUUGUUCUCCAAUGGUGUCUCACUUCCAGUUACUGUAUGACCUAGCACUUUCCUUAUGUUCAAGCUUACCAAAGAGCAUUUGUGUGGAACCACGGAGUUCUCGGUUAAAGGAUAAAAAGAAAAGUGAAGGAGAAAUGUUGAUCAAAGAGCUAUUUUCGAAGGAUGUGAUGCAGAAUAACAAUACACUUCAUAUUCUUGGAAAAGGAUCUGCCGUUAUAGUUCUUCCUCAAAAUUCUUUAAGCAGUUCAAAUUUACGAGGUGGAUCCCAGUCAGCAGCCAGAUCUAGAUUGUUCUCCAGAUUUUGCAGUCCGGAUCUUGAGUUGAAAACUGCAAAAAAUACUGUUUGUGAGGAUGUCACUCUGAAUAGGAACCAAGAAGUGAGGGAAGUGAGAAGUUAUCCAGUAAAAGGGGAAGUUUAUUCUUUGUGCAAUGGUAAUGAGCUUCCCUCUUUAGCUCCUCAGACAGGAAAUGCAGACUUUGACACAAAACAAGUUUCCCAAUUUGAUAGAUUGUCAGAGCAGGGACUGUUUUCAUGUGUCACUUGUGGUAUUUUAUGCUUUGCCUGUGUAGCAAUAGUUCAACCGACAGAAACUGCUGCUCGUUAUCUAAUGUCAGCUGAUUGUAAUAUCUUUGAUGAUUGGGAAGCAGCUGGCAAUGGCUAUAAUCCCUGCAUUGGAGAUGUGGAAGCUUGUGUCAUGAAUACCCAUUCAGGAUCCGUUCUUAAAAAGACAUCACAUGGACUGUUUGAUGUCCCAAUAAGCUCUGCUGCUCAAAUUGGAACGCUAGAUGAUGAUUGCGCAAUAAUAGUUUCAAAUAGUAAAACACAAAAAGAUACCUCUUCCCUCGGCCUAUUGGCUCUGAUGUAUGACAAUUCCUCCGAUUCCGAGGAGGAAGAGGUCGAAGCACGUAUUCCUGUCAAAGACCCUGAAACUAAAGGAAGUGAUUGUUCUGAAGGUGUACAUGACGGUCAAGAGCUCGGCUAUUACCAAAUUGACAGUGGGAAUGAGGUUCCUCUCAAAAUUCCCAAUUCUUACUCGAAGCAUGGCAUAGCCAGAGCGGGAAAUAAGGACAAAGUAUAUCAAAAUUUAGAUUAUUCUGAUGAGUUUGAAACCGACAAUUGUAAAUUGGUUGACUCAAAGUCUUUAAUGCAUAGUUUUAGAAAUUUAACGAAAUUACAGAACAGUGCCUCAAGUUGUAACCCUGUUGCCGAUAAGGAUGGAGCGACAAUUAGCACUGGUUUGGUACCACUUGAGAAGACAUCUAUGUCUUUUGCUCCAAGAUCUGAUGAAGAAUCUUCUAGAAUGCACGUUUUCUGCCUGCAGCAUGCUGUACAAGUAGAACAGCGGCUCAGUACAUUUGGAGGAGCUCAUGUUUUCCUUGUCUGUCACCCAGACUAUCCCAAAUUAGAGUCUCAAGCCAAAAAGGUGGCAGAAGAAUUGAAAAUUGAUUUUCUCUGGAAUGAUACGCCAUUCAGGGAGGCCACAGAAAAGGAUGAGGAAAUGAUACGAUUAGCUUUAGAUAGUGAAGAUGCUAUACAUGGUAAUGGAGACUGGGCCGUGAAACUUGGCAUCAAUCUCUACUACAGUGCUAGUCUUAGCCGAUCUCCUCUCUACAGUAAGCAGAUGCCAUACAAUGCAGUUGUAUAUAAUGCUUUUGGGCGUAGUUCUCCAGCAGACACUCGGGAAAAUGAUGGCAAGGGAUCAGGCAAACAGAGAAGGAUUGCUGUUGCUGGAAAAUGGUGUGGCAAAGUCUGGAUGUCGAGUCAGGUUCACCCUUUGUUAACUAACAAUCCUGAAGAUCAAGAACUGGAGAAAGCUAAUCCUACUUGGGCUGAGACGGAUGUGUACCUUGGGAGGCCAUUAGAUGCCUCCCGAACUGCUGAAGCAACUUCUACAAGCUGCAAAACUAGUAGAAAGAGGAAGAGUCGAGCAGAAAAUAGGUCGGCCGAGAAAGAAAAAUCUCUGAUGGCAGAAACUCCAGAGGAAUCUUCCGAAGAGUCUUCAGCCUGGAACUUUCUUAAGCAAGUUAGGAGUAGGCUUGGAAAAAAGAGAAUGGAAGAAGAGACUAAAGAACCCCAGAAUAAAGGUGAGAGAAGCAAGAAAAAGCUUGAAGCACUCACUGAAGACGAGGUGGAAGAAUCUCCGAUCAGGAAGUUUCGAAAGCAAGUCAAGAGUAAGCUUGAAAACAAACGAAGGAAGAAAGAGAAUCCCGAGCCUCAGAAUAAACAUGAGAGAAGCAAGAAACAUUUUGACUCACUCACUGAAGACGAGGUGGAGGAACCUUCAGUAAGGAACUCUAAUGAGCAAGGUAAGAGUAAGCUUGGAAGCAAGCGAAUGAAGAAAGAGACUCCCGAGCCUCAGAAUACUCACGAGAAAAGCAAGAAACAUAUUGACCCACUUAGCGAAGAUGAGGUGGAAAAAUCUCCAGUCAGGAAUCGUAAACAAGUCAAGAAUAAGCUUGGAAAUAAGCAAAUGAAGAAAGUGACUCCUGAGCCUCAGAAUACUCGUGAGAGUAGCAAGAAACAGUCCGACUCACUUAUUGACAGCGAGCUGGAAGGCUGGCCAGGUACACGACUAAGAAGAAGAACUUCAAAACCAGGUAAAGAUUCAGGAACCAAAUCAGCUAAAGCGAGAUCCAUACCAAAGAUGCAGAAUAAAAAUAUGAUAACAAAGAAAGGUCAAGCCAUGAAAGUUCCGGCUAGCGGUAACAAUGCUAAGACAAAGGACGAGGAAAUGGAAUACCCGUGUAACAUGGAAGGCUGCAGUAUGAGUUUUGGCUCGAAACAGGAGCUUAAAUUGCACAAACGGAAUAUAUGUCCUGUCAAGGCAUGUGGGAAAAAGUUCUUCUCACACAAGUACCUGGUGCAGCAUCGACGUGUUCACAUGGACGAUCGUCCCCUGAAGUGCCCAUGGAAAGGCUGCAAGAUGACGUUUAAGUGGCCAUGGGCUCGGACUGAACACAUAAGAGUUCAUACGGGUGAUCGUCCUUAUGUUUGCACAGAGGCGGGAUGCGGCCAGACUUUUCGGUUUGUGUCAGACUUCAGUCGACACAAGCGCAAGACGGGUCAUUCUUCGAAGAAAUCCAAAGGAUAA